AUGCUCGGGUUCAGCGUCCUCGGCGGAAUCUCCUCAUCAAUGGUCUUCACCCCCAGCGUGGCCUGUCUGACACACUGGUUUCAUCGCCGCCGGGCCCUAGCAACCGGAAUCGCAGCAACAGCGGGCGGAUGCGGAGGCAUCAUCUUCCCCAUUCUAAUCUAUAACCUCACCGAAGCGGUCGGGUUCCCCUGGGCCAUCCGAAUCACCGGUUUCAUCUGCGCCUUCUUCUGCGUUCUGUGCAUCCUCUUCCUGAAGACCAGACUGCCCCCGAAAAAGCUCGGCGGAGGUAAAAUCGACUUUCGCGUCCUACGCGAGGCCCCAUUCGCGUUACUCACCGUCGCUAUUUUCCUAAUCGACUUCGCCCUCCUCAUACCCCUCACCUACUUGACCUCGUACGCCCAAUCCCAUGGCAUGGAGGAAGGCCUCGCAUACCAGGUUGUUUCCAUCCUCAACGCAGCCUCGAUCCUGGGUCGUGUCCUCCCGGGCUACGCCGCAGACCGGUAUGGACGGUUUAACGUCAUGAUCAUCACAACUUUCGGAUGUACAGUCUUUACACUUGCAUUGUGGCUGUCCGCUGGGUCCAAUACAGCCGCUAUCGUGGCAUAUGCCGUUCUAUUCGGGUUCUGGAGCGGCUCGGCGAUUAGUCUUGCGCCUGUUUGUGUGGCGCAGAUCUCGACGACGGAGGACUUUGGGAAGCGAUAUGGGACCACGUAUUCUUUGGUUAGUGUGGGUGCACUGUUUGCUAUACCUAUUGCUGGGGAGAUCAUGAAAGCGCAGAGUGCCCCGGGGAAGAAAGAAAAUUAUUCGGGGCUGAUUGUGUUUUGUGGGUUGAUUUAUGGGUUUGCUUGCUUGUUUUUUGUGUUGGCGAGGGGGGUUAAAAUUGGUUGGAGAGUUGGGACGAUAUUCUAA